ACACACCUUCCUUGGGCAGAUUCUCUUUCAGAAAAGGCCUUUGUGGGCGACUUGCAGAUUGUACCUAGGGCCACUCAGCAGCCCAGCCUUCGAAGACUCAAGGGAUACUGGAGCUCCCGAGAGACCAGAGUGAUUGAGGAUGGUACUGGUGACCUUGCUAGGACUCAGCUGGUUCUGUUCACCCCUGGCAGCUCUGGUUCUGGACUUUAACAACAUCAAGAGCUCUGCGGAUGUGCAAGGCGCUGGGAAGGGCUCACUGUGUGCAUCAGACAGGGACUGCAGCGAAGGGAAAUUCUGCUUCGCGCUUCACGAUGAACGGUCGUUCUGUGCCACGUGCCGCAGAGUUCGCAGGAGGUGUCAGAGGAGCACCGUGUGCUGCCCAGGAACGGUCUGUGUGAAUGAUGUUUGCACUGCAGUGGAAGACACAAGGCCAGUGAUGGACAGAAACACUGACGGCCAAGACGGCACCUAUGCAGAAGGAACCACCAAAUGGCCAGCGGAGGAGAACAGACCUCAGGGGAAGCCCAGUACGAAGAAAUCACAAAGCAAUAAGGGACAGGAGGGCGAAAGUUGUCUUAGAACCUCUGACUGCGGCCCUGGACUUUGCUGCGCUCGCCAUUUUUGGACAAAAAUUUGCAAGCCGGUUCUACGAGAGGGACAAGUCUGCUCCAGGAGGGGGCACAAAGAUACUGCCCAAGCCCCAGAAAUCUUCCAGCGUUGUGACUGUGGGCCUGGACUAGCGUGCCGAAGUCAGGUGACCGGUAACCGACAACAUUCAAGGCUAAGAGUAUGCCAAAGAAUAUAAGCUGUAAAAACACGGGACUUGUCGUUGUGUUCACACAGAAUCCCUGGCACUAAUUUUAUUAUAUUUGUUAUUUUAUUUUCUGAGACAGGGGUCUGUGUAGCCCUGGCUGGCCUUGCACUCAUAAGAGACCCGCCUGCCUCUACCUCCUGGAUGUUAUUUUGGGAGGGGUAAGGGUUCUGAGACAGAGUCUCAGAGUAAGCUCUAUAACCAGACUGGCCUCAAACUCACGAUCCCGACCUCAAGCGAGUCUUGGGAUUGCAGGCGAGCAUAUUACACCCAGCACAUAAAUAAAGCCCAAUCUUCUAGCGACUGAAACAGACGGUGAGCAUGUUGUACUAUGAGGAGCCACUUUUGGCUUUGUGUCUACUGUCCACAAUACUGACAGGACUCAGUGACUCAAUCCGUUCAAAUAAAUCUUUUUUAAAAAUUGAAA